AUGUCACGACGCUCUGGACGCGCCAAGCAGUCUGCGACAGAAAGCAGCCGGACGCCCGAAAUCGACAAUGCGCCCGAGCUCGAUGAGCAGGCCGAGGUGACCCGCUGCAUCUGCGGAAACGACGAAAUAGCCUCCAUCAACACAUCGCUCCAGCGCUUGCUUCUCCUGGAGUACAGCAUCAAGAUCGACAACGGCCUCUUCAUCCAGUGCGACAAGUGCCUGGUGUGGCAGCACGGCUACUGUGUCGGCUUGUUCAUCGACAACGAUGUUCCUGACAAAUACUGGUGCGAGCAGUGCAAGCCGUCGCUCCACAUGCUCGUCACGGACAACGAGGACCGCACGUCCCGCACAUUGUACCGGCCUGUCAACGACGGGCGCGAUGCCUUGCUCAAGUUCCUGACGGAAAAGGAGUCUGGCGCCGCCAAGCCCGCGGAUUCCGACUCCACGCUCUCGCACACCCUGUCCAACCGCCAGACGAGAAAGGAGCGCCGCCAUGUCGAGGACUCGUUCGAUGAGCAGCUCCAGCGGGCGCUCCGCGAGAGCGCCGCGUCGACCGAGCGGAAGAGAAACGCACAAACAGACUCUGCGCAGAGCAAUAAACGCUCGCACUCUGAAGACCUGGAAAACGACGUGAACGACUCCAAUCUCGAUGACGACACCGACCUGAAGACCGCCAAACGCGAUUCCAGGGUUAAGAGCAAGCUGCGCGCAAAGCAAAAGGCACGCUCGCAGAGCUCGCGCGGCCUGGCGUCGCAGCCUAAAAGCGAAGCUGACAGCCUGGUCGUCACAAAGGAAGAACUACUAAGUCAGCCGCUGCAGCCGCGUUUUGUCAAUGAGAAGUCCACCAUCUACGAGCUCCGGAAACGCACGGGCGCCAUUCUCGAAUGGCUAGGGCGUUCCCAGAUGGAGCUCGAGGAAGAGCGCGACGUCAAGACUCUACAGUUCAAGGAGGCCAACGUGGAAGGCGCGAACUUGCUCUUGCUGGUCGAGGAAAACUCGAAGCUCAUGGAGAACCUCACGGAGAAGAUUCUAGCUUGGGAGCAGAGGUUUGGCAAGUACGCGCCAUGA